UUGCCUCGCAACAACUUCCGCGUCCCCUCCUUUCCCCGGUCACUAUGAUGGUGUCAUCACCGCGCGCCGGAAGCGGCGCACGUGGCAGCAUGGAGGAGCUGGUGUCGGGGCUGCACCAGGCGCGGGCCGUGCGCUUCGGCGACUUCGUGCUCAAGAGCGGGCUCCGCUCCCCGGUCUACAUCGACCUGCGCGUCAUCGUCUCGCACCCGCCGCUGCUCAACCAGGUUGCAGAUCAUCUGUUCCAGACUGCCAAAGAUGCUGGAAUCAAGUAUGACUCAGUAUGUGGAGUCCCAUAUACGGCGUUGCCUUUGGCUACUAUUAUCUGCUCCACCAAGCAGAUCCCAAUGCUUAUACGGAGGAAGGAAGCUAAGGACUACGGAACAAAGCGUCUGGUGGAAGGUACCAUUGAGCCAGGACAAACCUGUUUGAUCAUUGAGGACAUUGUCACAAGCGGAUCUAGUAUCUUGGAGACGGUAGAGGUUCUUCAGAAAGAAGGGUUAAAAGUCACUGAUGCCAUAGUGCUGUUAGACAGGGAACAGGGGGGGAAAGCCAUGUUAGCAGAAAAAGGAAUUCACCUGCACUCUGUCUGUACCUUGUCCACUGUGCUGGAAAUUCUCCAGAAGCAAAAGAAAGUUGACUCUGAAAUGGUUAAGGAAGUGCAGAAAUUCAUUGAGGGUGCAGUCUUCAAACCAGCACAGCAAAACGGGAUUGCUCCCGGAAAAAGACUGUGCAAAGAAAUGACCUUCAGCGCUCGUGCUCAGCUGCCUGGGAUUCAUCCUAUUGCCACAAGACUCCUCAACCUUAUGGAGAAGAAACAAACCAACCUGUGCCUUUCUGCUGAUGUCACAGACUCCAAGGAGCUUCUAGAAUUGGCUGCUACCCUAGGUUCCAGCAUUUGCGUCUUAAAGACCCAUGUAGAUAUCCUGAAAGAUUUCGCUCCAGAGGUAGCAAAGGAAUUGAGAGCUCUUGCAGACAAACACCAGUUCUUGAUUUUUGAAGACCGGAAGUUUGCAGACAUUGGAAACACUGUGAAACAUCAGUAUGAAGGUGGCAUAUUCGAGAUCGCUUCCUGGGCAGAUUUUGUCAAUGCUCAUGUGGUCCCAGGCUCUGGAGUUGUGAAAGGGCUGAAAGAAAUUGGGCUUCCUUUGCAACGAGGCUGCCUCUUGAUUGCCGAGAUGAGCUCCCAAGGAUCGCUUGCUACUGGUGACUACACCAAAGCUGCAGUACAAAUGGCAGAGGAAAACUCAGACUUUGUUUUUGGAUUCAUUGCUGGCUCUCAAGUUAGUAACAAACCAGAGUUUCUUCAUUUGACUCCAGGCGUCCAAUUGCAAGCUGGAGGUGAUGCCCUUGGACAACAGUACUUAAGCCCUCAGGAAGUUAUUGGCAACAGAGGGUCUGACAUCAUUAUUGUGGGACGUGGCAUCUUAUCUGCAUCGAAUCGUCUUGAAGAAGCGGAGAAGUACAGGAAGGCAGGAUGGGAGAGCUACUUGAGCAGACUUGGGGUUCACACACAAGACUGAUCUGAGCUUGAGUCAUUCCAGUGAACAAAUUAAUCCAGCGCAUUCAAGAAGGCACUUGUAUUAUUUGAAGAAGGUUCUCCAUGGUUUUUUAGAUGGGGAGUUGUUAUUAAAUCAAUGGAAUAUUUUCUUUUAAGGAACAAAUCUGCUGUUGACUAAAUAUGUAAUGAUCCAUAUAUACAGUCAUGCCCAUACUGAAGGAUUUAUUUAAAAAUGUAAAAUCAAAAGUCACUGCUUGGCUUGGAUUUCCAGCCAAUCUGAAACUAGACUACUUGCUGCUUAGUUUAGACAAGAGUAAAUGAGAACACUCCAAGGUGAACUUGCAUAGUUAUCGUAGUCCUCUUGUUUUUCUUUUGGUUGUGAGAACAGUGCAGGGGCAGUUCCUUCAGUACUGUGCUACUACGUGGACCUUUCAGUGCUCAAACGCAACCUACCAUGUUCUAAUUCUCACCAUGCGAAGUGCAGCAAUGUGCAGUUUAAUAAACGUUUUCAGCGAGUCUUCCUAAA